GAGAGUCAGUGUUGGCCAGACAGGCGGCGGGAGUGGUGGUGGCGGCGUGACAAGGCUCCAGCCACACGCUCGCACUCUCUCACUCUCCCUCGCUCUGUGGCUCAUGUGUUAGGUCGACGCCGCGCACACACACACGCUACGGCCCUUCUGGAGUUACGCCGCGCCAUGGACUCUCACCACCUCCUCUUCCUCCUCCUCCUCCUCAAUCUGAAGAGUCAAGAACCGCUAUAAACUCUUCAACAUCUUCUCCUUACCUGUCCAACCCUACCUGGCCUCCUUACCUCCCCCGUUCAUGUUACCUGGAGGGACUUUCUUUACCUGUUGCGGUGUCUCAUCUUUCCCCGCGACCUGACCUGCUCCAAGGCGGCGUGACGGCCCUCCAGAUGACCCGUGAUCCUUGACCUCAGCCUCCUCCUCCUCCUCCUCCUCCUCUUCCCUCCUUCCCUUCACAGGUGUUUGGUUGGCCCCGGUUGUCUCAGGUGGCGUCGUGAGGGAGUUGGACGCCCUCCCCCCAGCAGCCAUGAGGUCCCCACAAGGCCCCUCCUCCCCCCUGGGCCUCCUGCUGCUCCUCCUACUGCUCCUGCUGGCCGCCCGGGGUCGUGGCUUAAGACUCUCAGGGGUCCUCGUGCCCCGGGUGGUCGUCUCGGGGUCGUCGGUGCAGCUGGUCUGUAACUACGAGCAGAGUAAGGAGCGGCGCGAGUCCCUGUAUUCCCUGAAGUGGUACAGAGACGUCAAUCAGUUCUACGAGUACAUCCCCAAGCGACAACCCCAAGUGAGGGUGUACGACAUUCCCCACGUCCAUGUCGAUGAGGAGGCCAGUUCGAAGGGCGCCGUGCGACUGACCGGACUCACGCGGGCGGCCUCCGGGAUGUUCCGAUGUGAGGUGAUGAGCGACAAGCCUUACUUCGAGACAGACGACAAGGCUGAGAACAUGACGGUGGUGGAUGUUCCCGCGUGGGGGCCCGAGGUGGUGGGGGCAGUGCGGGGGCCUGGGAUGGUGGGUGGGGACGGGGGCGGGGGCGCGAUGGGGGGGCGGGGGGUGCAUCGGGUCCGGCCGGGUGACAUCGUUGUGGCGCGGUGCGAGGUCGGGCCCUCCCACCCACCCGCGAACAUCACCUGGACGCUCAACCACCUGCACGCGCUGCCCGGCCACUCCCGCCCCCACCACGCCCUCCACACAGACCACCACGGACGCCAGGCUCAGAUGUCGGAGCUGGAGGUCGAGGUGCAGGAGGCGUGGCUGGGUCGGGGCGUCAUGACACUCUCCUGCCACGUCAGUAUCGCGCACGUCUACCACCGCACGGAGAACCUGACGCUGCUGCACGCCGACCACCCCCAACCAGCGGGCUUCGGGUGGUUCUCCUCGGGCUCCUCCCCCAGCGGCUCCCUGAUGCUGCUCCUGCUCCCCGCCGCCCUGCUGUGUUGCUGCUGCCGCGCCUCCUGCUGCUGCCUGGGUGAUGCCGCGCUCUUGUAAGGCUCCACAAGACACGUGUUCGCUGCCCUUGACCUUCUUCGCCUCCGCCUCCGCCACGUUCUCCUCCUCCUCCUCCUCCUCCUUCUUCACCGCCUCCUCCAUCUUCUUCGCGGCUUUCUUUACCUCUCUUCUUCAUUGCCUCCACCUCCACCUCCUCCUCCUCCUUCACCGCUUCCUUUUCCUCCUCCUUCAGCAUCUUCAUCUUCAUCCCUCUUCCAUCUCCUCCUUCUUCAUUGCUUCCUUCAUUGACUUCAUCGCCUCCUCCUCCUCCUCCUCCUCCUCCUCCUUCACGAUUUCCUCUAUUCAUCUUCCUUCGUCUCCUCCACCUCUUCCUCCUUCAUCGCCGUCCUUCAUUUUCAUUGCCUCCUCCUCCUCCUCCUCCUCCUCUUCCUCGGCUCCUUCAUCGCCCGCCACACCCCCGUCUCUCGAGUGUUUUGUUCCUGGCAAGAAAAACCGCUUCAAGAAAAACGACAUAAAGUGACCCAACUCGAUCUGCCCCUUGAGACACCUUCAGAGAGCCAGCACCUCCUCCUCCUCCUCCUCCUCCUCCUCCUCCUCCUCCUCCUUCCCUUCAUUUCUUGGACUUCUUGUUUUUUUCUUCUCUCUCCCGCUUCUAUUUGGUCUUCUUCUUCCUCCUCCUCCUUCUCUUCUUCCUCACUCACUCACUCAAUUACUCAGUCGGUCGUUUCUUUCUUGUUUCCUCUUUCAUUUUUUCUUUUAUUUUUUAUUUCAUUUUGUUGUAUCCUUCCUUUGUGAUUUCUUUCUCUUCAUUUCAACAUUUCUUUUACUCUUCCUUCUUCUUCUUCUUCUUUUUCUCUUCCUUAUUGAGUCUUUUUCUCUAACUUUUUUAUUCCUUCUUCGAUACUUCCCUCUUCUCUCCUCUUUUUUUUCAGCCUUUUUCCCAUUCUUGUUUUCUCUCCCACUCGCUUCCUUUUCUCUCUCCCUUUAUUCCUUUUCAUCUCUUUUUACCUUUAUUAUAUUUUUUAUUCUCUUCCUUCCAUGUCUUUCUUCGUUAUUCCUUCGUUAUUCCUCCUCCUCCUUCCUUUCCUUUCCUUUCCUUUCCUUUCUUCCUUCUACAUCAUCAUCUUUUUUUCCCUUCUUACUAUCCCCCUCCUCCUCUUUCUCCUCUCUUUGUUUAGCUGUAGUGCCUAUGAUCGUUUCUCCCUUUCUAGCAUCCUCCCUUUUUCCUCCUUGCUGUCUUCUUUCUCUUCUUCCUUUUUCUCCUCCCUCCAUUUAGCUGUAGUGCCUGACCCCAUACCUCCCUUCGGCGUCCCUUCUGCCAUGGCUUUCACCGCUGUCACCGCUACUGCUACGCGCCGCCGCUACCGCCUCCCCGCCGCUGAUGCCCCGUCUCGUCGCUGCCCUCGCCGCUGUCCCACGUAGCGCAAGAUGUCGCAGGUUGAUCAAGAACGUGCGACGGAGGCCUGAGCGCUGCGUUACGUGUGGAAGUGUUAAACGUGUACACUACGGAAACUUAACCCGUGUUCUUGUGUGUGAAAUCCCUUUGAAACACCUUUUUUUACGUUGGAGACAGACUUUAAGGGCUGAAGACACGUUAAGAAGAGAAAAUGAAGCCCAGAAAAGCUGCUCCGAUGAAAGAAAUUUAGUGAGGAAGCCAAAGAAAAGAUGAUGAAAUGUGUAGGGUCAAAUUUUCCUUUCUUCCAUUAUCUGAAACCUUUUUUUACGUGGAGACAGACUUCAAGGGCUGAACAGAGAGUAAAGAAAGAAAAUAAAGCCCAGAAUAAGCUGCUCCGGUGAAAGAAACCAAAACAGAACGCUAAAAAGAUAUACCAAGAUGAGAAGGGUCUUGUGGGAAGUAAUUUGAAUGAUUUUUUUUAUGGUGGAGACAGACUUUGAGGGCUGAACAGAGAGUAAAAAGAGAAAAUAAACCCCUUAAUAAGCUGUCCCAAUGAAGGAAACUAAUGAAGGAAAACAAUGCCAAGAUGUGAAGGGUCAAAUUUUCCUUUCUUCCAGUGAUGUCUUGUAGGAAAUCCCUUUGAAACACCAUUUUUUUCGGUGAAGACAGACUUUUAGGGGCAGAACGCAGAGUAAGAAGAGAAAUCAAAGCCCACAAGAAGCUACUCCGGUGAAAGAAACUAAAGAAAGGACGCGAAAGAAAAGAUACGCAGUGAAGAAGGAGCAAAUUCUCUUCCAGUGGUGUUAGAAGGAUGCCUAAGAAAGAGUACUAAGAAAAAAAGGUUCAGAUUCUCUUCCAGUGGUGUAUGAAGGAAUCCAAACAAAACAUGCCAAGAAAAGAAGGGUUAAAUUUUCUUCCAGUGGUGUUAGGACGAUGCCAAAGAAAAAAUACAAAGAGAAGAAGGAUCCAAUUCUCUUCCAAUGGUGUUAAAAGGAUGUCAAGGAAAAGAUACCAAGAAAAAUAGGGUCUGAUUCUCUUCCAGUGGUGUUAGAAGCAUGCCAAAGAUAAGAUACCAAGAUAUAAAGGGUCAAAUUCUCCUUUCUUCCAGUGGUGUCUUGAAACUCCCCCCCUCGUGCAAGACCAGGAGUCACACGAAGGACAUCCAUAACCUUGCAUCAUCACUCUACCGUGGAAACUAAUUGAGCAGGUUACCCCUUUAAAAGUAGUUCAUGCCGAAAAAAAUGACGUGUUUAUGAUGCUAAUGAUGCUCCUGAUCUGAAAAGUGUGGCGUGUGUGUGUUUGUGUAUGUGUGCGUAUGUGUGUGUGUUUGUGUGUGUUGUGGUUUUGGGAGAGGAGAAGAGUGUAAACGUUAAGAGUGUAAACGUUAGGAGUGUAAACGUUCAUCGUGGAGUGAAGUGUGGCGGAGUGUGGCUGAAGGGAAAGCAGUGUGAAGAAUAAGAUAACAGUGUGACGGAGUAGGGCGGAGUGUGACGGAGGAGUGCGACGGAGUAAGACGAAGACUGACCGAGUGAAACGCAGAGAAAGACGAAAAUUGACAGAGGAAGACGAAGAGAAAGACGAAGACUGUCGGGGUGUGACGAAGAGAAAGACGAACAGUGACAAAAAGUAAGACGGAGAAGGACGGAGUGUGACGCAGGGAGACAUUGUGACGGAGUAAGAAGGAAAGUAACGAAAGAGACCGAAUAAUGUAUAAGCUAAAGGGGGACGAAGUAGAAUGCAAUGAUGAAGGGGACGAGAUAAUAGGAAAAGGGACAGACUGAAGUGUUGCGUGACGAAAUGGAACUGAAAACAACAACGCAGUAAAGCGAAAUGUAAAGAAGUAGCACGCGAGAGGACAGACAAAGAAGUGUAAUAUGGCGGAAUGGGAAAAAAGAAGAAUGUGAAGCGUGAGGAUUAAAAAUGUGGAAGCAAAAGAGAAAGUGAGAACAAAGGAGAUGUGGAGCGUGAAGAAACGUGGAAAUAAAGGAGAAAAGAGAAGAUGGGAAUGUGAAGCGUGAGGAAACGUAGUAAAAAUAGAGGAAGGCGAAAAUAAAGAAAUAUGAAACGAAAGGAAACAUAAAUCUAAGAGAAAAAGGCAAACAAAAAGGGAAUGUGAGUUGAGAAGACAAAGAGGUAAAAGAGAAACCGAAGAAAAAGGGAUGUGAAGGGUCAAGAAACACGGAAAUAAAAGAGAAAUAAGAAAAGGGGAAAAAAGUGAGUGUGGUGUGAGAAGACAAAGUUAAAGAGAAAGGAGAAAAAGAGAGUAUGAAGUGGAAAUAAAAGAGAAAGGAAAAAAAAGAUGACAUUAAACUUUAUACCAGAACUAAAAAAAAUCGUAUGAGUUAAUAAAAAUGUCACAAAUAAAUAAAUACGUAGAAGUUAAUAAAAAUGUCACAAAUAAAUAAAUACGUAGAAGUUAAUAAAAAUGUCAUAGAUAAAUAAGAAGAAACUAAUAAAAAUGUCACAAAUAAAUAAGAAGGAAUUAAUAAAAAAAA